AUGGAGAGGGUUUUCACGGAGGCGGCGGCUCACCAGCAAGUCGUCCUGGCAGGUGACUUUAACGCGUGGCACGAAGAGUGGGGCAGCGAACGUACGAAAGCCCGUGGCGAGGAGCUCCUCGCAGUAGUUGAGCUUCUCGGCCUGACGACGAUCAAUCGUGGCAACAAACCCACCUUCUAUGGGCAUGGGGUAGCACGGGAUAGUGUCAUCGACGUUACGUUCGCGAGCACGAACAUCGCUCGCCCCGACUCCUGGCGGGUGUGCCGCGAAUACAGUGACCACGCGUUCGUCAGUUUUUCCGUAGGCGGGCGACAACAGCACAGACGGGAAGCUUCGACAGCGUCAGCAUCAGCACAGCGAGCAUCCAGGCGCCAUGUGAGACCAGCUGGACGGAGGUGGAAAACGAGUCAAUUCCACCUGGAAUGCUUCAAGUACACUCUUGAGGAGGUGAAAUUCAAUCAUAGCACCGACUCACCUCGAUGUCUGGAAGAGAACCUGACGGCGGCUUGCGCCCCACAGGUGAGACGUGUUUGUACGGGGUACCAGGUUGUGCUUACGAGUCUACGCGGCAGUUGAGUACCGCCAGAGACCAACCCUACAGUGCUUGGCCGCAUUGUAGACGACCUGUUUCCCGAGCACGAGCCCUGGCCUGAAAUGGGAAACCUUGUUCCGGAUAGUGUAGCCCUCCGACCAGUAACAACGGAGGAGCUCCUAGACAUCGCCUCGAGGAUGAGCUCCCGAAAGGCCCCCGGUCUCUACGGGAUACCGAACGCAGCAGUGAAGGCGGCAAUCCGUGAAAACCCGGAGGUUUUCAGGCGGAUCUACCAGGACUGCUUCGACUGUUUGGAGGAGGCGUCACUGCGGCAACUGUUGGACCGGCAGAUCGGAUUCCGUCGGGGCUGGUCAACGGUGGAUGCGGUCCUUAGGAUAGUUGAGGCAGGAAGAACAGCCAUGUCUUUCGGCCGCACUAACGGUCUUGACCAGCGAUUCCUGCUCGUCGUCACCCUGGAUGUGCAGAAUGCGUUUAACUCCGCGAGCUGGCACUCUAUCGCGCUGUCGCUCCAGGCGAAGGGUGUACCAGUAGUCAUCCAGGGACUGUUAAGGAGCUACUUCAUAGGACGCAGACUCGUCUACGACAUGAGUGAAGGAUCCGUCGUACGGCAGGUCAUCACAGGCGUUCCACAGGGGUCCAUUUUGAGCCCCACUCUGUGGAAUGUUAUUUACGACGGGGUCUUCCCAGCCAGCGUCCCACUCCCGGCCAGCGUCGAGGCCAUAGGAUUUGCCGAUGUCCUGGUCAUCGUGGAGAAAGGAGUAACGUUGGAGGCAGCAACUGAAGCAGCCGAGUAGGCCAUACAUAACAGCCGUGCCUGGAAGUCUUGCAAUUGA